AUUUUUAUUUUUACACAGGAUUCAAUACAUGCGUGCACUUUUUAUUUUCUUUCCGAAUUACAAAUAUGCAGUCCAAUUCUGCUUCGGAGCCGGUUUCUACGUUUUUACGCGUCCGACCUUUUCGAGAUGGUGAACAGAAGACCUCUUGCUUUGAUUCCAUCGGUAAUCGAGAAGUUAAAAUAGUGGACAAACAUCAUAGAUUUUUUCAGUUUUCAAAAGCGUUUGGACCGACUGCAAAACAGGUUGAUGUGUAUGAAGCAGCUGUUAAACCCUUAUUGAAAGACGUCCUCGCCGGACACUCGUGCAAUGUUUUUCUCUAUGGCCAAAGCGGCACCGGGAAAACGCACACUUUGCUCGGGGGCAGAUGCGAAAAUGACGGGAUUCUGCCGCAAUUCCUUGAAUCCUUGUGCACGGAGCUGGGAAAGCUUGAAAAUGAAACCUAUGCCUCCAUGUCUGUGUUUUCCGUUGCAAACGAAGAUUUGAGAGACAUGAGUGGUGUGACAAGAAAUUCGAAUGAUAAAAAGCUGAGAUUGGUUGAAGACCAAAGCCGCAAAGGCUCGAUUGUUAUACAAGGGGCAGAUUCAAUCACUGUUCGAUUACCUUUACAUGGGUUGUUCUCACAGUUGAAUCGUGCCAUGUCGGAAGUGGGCUUGGAACAAUUGAGGAAGUCCUCGCUUAUUUUCACUAUCACGGUGUACAUCAUUGAAGUGAAGCCAAAUGGAGAAGAGGUGACCAUGGGAAAGAUCAACUUUUUCGAUUUAGCCGGGAGUGAAAAUCUUGGAAAAUCCACUGGUCCUCUGAAAGGGAAAGAUGCGAAUGCGCAUCUCUCUUUGAUCACUUUCAGUAGGUUGGUCACUAUGCUGUCAGAAGGUGCGAAACACCUGCCGUACAGGGACUCGAAGUUGACUCGUUUUGCGCAGGAUGCCUUGGGAGGGAAAGGAAGAACAAAUUUCAUCUUCACCACCUUUGGUGGUACGACGGACAUUCAGGAAACACAAGCAACUCUUGAGUUCUCGGCGAAAGCUCGUCAAAUUACCACAACUCCCGAAGUCUUCUCGACCUUCAGUAAAAACAUUUUAACGAAGUAUCUCGAAGAAGAAAGCAGAAAUAUUCAGGAGGAAAUCAACCGUGUGGUGAAAAAGCAGGGAGUUUAUGUCGACCCAGAUGUGGUUGAAAAGCAAAAUGCCGAGUUCUCAAAGCGUAGCGAAGAUUUGGUCGCAUUAAGAAGCGAUUUGGUGAACUGUCGACAACGCUUAGCAUUUUUAAAGUUGUCGAUAAAAGAAAUUGACGCCCAAGCCGUUGAAACGCAAGGACGAAUCCUAUCGGGAACUCAGAGUUUAUCGAAAAUAGAUGACCAAAUUUUGCUUGAGGAAGCGAAGCUUUUGGCGAAGAGAGACGCGAUUCAAGAGGCUCUCAGCGUGACUCACAGUCUGUUCGACGAACGGAACACUUACUUGGAGCUUAUCACCAUCGACAAAUCAUUGCGAGAUCGACACGAAGCAUGCUUGAAGCAGUUGCGGUAUGCUUGGGAAGAAGGUUUGGUGAAUGCGCGAUUGCACGUGGAAAAUCUUCGCAUAAUGAAUCGGAGUUGUUGGGACAUGCUAAAUACCCUACCAGAAACAAUCGGAUUGAGCAAGGAGUUGCAGCAGAAAGCCAAGUCGCUUGAUGAAGCCAGUUCUAGUAUCGACGAGCAUUUUGAGGAUAUGAAAGCAUUGAUGGAAGCUCAGGUAAAAAAGUUUGAGGAUCUCGGAAACCACGUGGCACAAGCGGACAAAGAAAGGCUCGAAGCUUUGAAUGUUGCUUAUCAUAAUACCCGGUUGAAAAUGGAGAAAUACGUGGAACAGCAAACGCAACGCGCCUCUGCUUCGUACGAAAGGUUGAUCCAGGAGCUCGACAAAUUAAUUCGAGAGAACGAAAAGUGUGUAGCGUUGACUGUGGAAGGCAACGACGUGGCGAAGGAGCUCGUCAGCAAACUGAAUGGAGUGCAUUCGGAUUCCUUGACCGUCGAAGGACAAAUUUUUCAGAAGAUAUCCGAAGAAUCUGACAACGCUGAAGCUCGCGCGGAACGAAUUGUGGAUGAAAUAGCCCCUCGAAUUUUGAAAGAUUUCGACGAAAUCUCGGCGAAUCAGCAAGAAUGGCUGAUUUUUCUUGAUAAUGCGAUUUCGCAAGUCGAGCAUUGUAUGGAGAAUCGGAACCAAGGCUGGGAUGAGAUGAAAGCUUUGACUGGAGACUUCGACAAAAAAAUGUACUCAAUUUGUUCUGAUCGGAAUCGACAACUCGAUAAAAUCUCCAAGUUAGCUGGUGGGAUGCAAAAUGAGAUGAACGAAUCGGCGCACGAAUUUGGCAUUCAGAUGAACAACCUCGCAGAAGACAUGAAACAUGUUUGUGAAGAAAGAGAUGAACGACUCCGUGACAUUGAACAGAUCGAGAUGUUGGAAUUGUUGAUGAAGGCGCAAUCAUUGGCUGCAGCAGACCCUGCUGUUGUUGAUCGGGUUCUGUGUGAGUUGGAUGACUUCAAACGGGGACUGCAGGAGGCAGUGAAGAACACGGAAGUAGCCGUCAAAGAAAUCAAGGAUGAAUGUUCCCAAUACAAACUUUCGGACGAAAUGAAAGCCGAAUUCGUGGAUGUUGCUCCAACCGGAUUGACUCCUGUCAGGAAGGAUUAUAGCAAAUUAAUCCGAGAAGUGGAGUUCACCCCGAUGAGGGAAAUCAACGAGUGACAAGUGUUGUGCGUGAUUGAAGCUUAACUACGCUAAAUUUUUCACUCUUGGUAAUCUUGAUACUUGUGCGUUUGCUGCAGAAAAGAACGCUUGCAUUAUUUUUGUGUUGUGAAUAUUUGAAAUCGAGCAAGUGGCCUCGGAACUACGUAGGCGUUUCUUGCAUUUUUUAUGUGCUGUAUACGAAUGGAUGAAGGUAUUUCUA